GCGCGCAUGCGCAGUCUUGUGCUCUCCCUUCUAGUUCCAACCCCUCCCCCCUCUCUCCGCUUCCUCACAGAGUUGUGAAAAAAAAAAGAUGAGGGACCGAACGCACGAGCUCAGAGAGAAGGGUGAUGAUUCGGACAGUGAAAAUGCCGAGCUUGAGGCUCUGGUCACACAGCGAGGACCAGGGAAAUCCAAUGACAUUUCGGAUCCUACUGAUGAAUUCUUCCAGAUGACACGUGGCAUUCGUGAAGCCUUAAGGACUCUGGAAAAUAAAGUGAAAGAGUUGGAGAAAAAGCAGGCCACAAUUUUGGCCACUCCGCUCCCAGAAGAUAGCAUGAAACAAAGCCUACAAACACUUCGUGAUGAGAUCAAGGAGUUGUCAAAAGAUAUCCGAGCCCGCUUAAAGAAAAUUGAACCUAAGAAAGAUGAGGAAGAUGAGAACAGAAACUCUGUCAACACCCGCAUGAAGAGAACCCAGCAUGGCAUUCUAUCUCAGCAGUUCUUGGAUCUUAUCAAUAAGUGCAACUCCAUACAAUCUGAGUACCGGGACCGGAAUCUGGAGCGCAUCAAGCGACAGCUACAGAUUACGGACAACAGGGUGGUGUCAGAUGAAGAGCUCGACCAGAUGCUGGAGAGUGGCCAGACGGAGGUGUUUGUCUCUAAUAUCAUGAAGGACACACAAGUGACAAAGCAGGCCCUGAAUGAAAUUGAGACGCGGCACAGUGAGAUCCUUAAGCUUGAGCGCAGCAUCCAGGAGCUACAUGAAAUGUUCAUGUACUUGGCCACAGAAGUAGAACUGCAGGGAGAAAUGAUUGACAGAAUAGAGAAGAAUAUCCUUGAUUCGGAGGACUAUGUCAAGAAAGGCCAAGUGCACCUUUUUAAGGCCCAGGAGAACCAGAAGAAAGCUCGCAGGAAGAAGUUCAUGAUUGCCAUCUGUCUGACGAUCACACUAGCUAUCAUCAUCACCAUUGUAGGCGUAUUGAUUGCGGUUGGCUAGAUGGGGCUCGCAGAGUUGUCUCUCCCUUCAUGCUGCAUUGUUGGAGCCUGAUGGCUUCCUCUCUGACUUAAUCUCCAUUCUGGAACUGCAGCCCCCUGAUAGAGAGCAAUUGCACUGAAAGAUGGCUGGUGGAGAUGUCAUUUUCUCUUUUCCAGUCAUGAAACCACAUGCUGCCUGUGGCUGUCUCCUUUCUGUUGGCCACAAAGUCCCUCCCUCCCUUUCCUAUAUCCAGAGCCGCCUGUAACUAAAAAUCUAGAGCAAGGCCUUUGCCGUCUGAGCUUUUGGCCUUCCUAAAUGUGUGGUUAUUUUUGCUGGUUUGUAACAUUAUUGAAUGCUUGUGUAUUCCUCCCCUAAUACAUUCUGUGACUUUUUCAUCUGCAUGAAAAUGGAUAUUUCCUGUUCGGGCCAUUUCAUUUAAAGAUUCCUCUUUUUUUUCUUCCUGUUAAUUCAAGGCUGUUUUUCAUCUUGAGCAAACCCACACCUCCCUUCCUUAUCAUGGUGGCUGUUGUAUUCAAUUUUUUUUUGGUCAAUACUUCAGGCAACUUCUUCUCCUGCUAUAUUUGUAUUGCAUUUCCCUUUCACACGAUAUCACUUUCCACAUGGAAUGUUGAAGGUCUUCACAAGAAAGCAAAGGGCCAGGUGAAUAUCUUUCAGAACUCGGUUGGUGAGAUCUCUACCAUUUUCACCCAGUUAUGAGGAAGGCAGAUGGGAACUGAAUCUGAUUAUUCUCACCCUAUUGCCUUCUUCUAGAGUUUGUUAAUUGGGAUUUUGAAGGAGUCCUUGGCUUCCAUCAAUAGCUCUUAACAGAUGUUUGGUCUGUUGUGAUUGAGACAGUUUUUGCCAAGCUGUAUUGUACUGCCUUUUGGUGUUCUCAUGUCGUAUGUGCCUUAGGAAUUGUAAAUUCUCACCCUUUCAUGAGACUAUUUAUUAUAUCAUGGUCUUCUGGAUCUCUCCCCCUCCCCUUACAAUGAAUGGAUGGAUAUCGCAGUGCCAACCUGGAAAGGAUUCAGACAAAGCUGCAUGAAUUUAAUUGUUCCCUUCUCACAGAACCUGAAUGCAGACUUUGGAUGAGUUGGUUUGAAAGUAGGUCCAAAGGACUAAAUGGAAUUACAGUCUUAAGGGAGGCAGUGAUAUUGAGCUACUUAUGACAUCAGGGUUUUGCCUGUCUGUAGUGCUUAACUGAAUCGGGUAGGAAAAUCAUGGAGGAAAUGGAAACCAGGAGCUUUUGGUCCUGUUCCUGAAAAUCUGAUAUUUUACUAUUUUGAAAAUGACUUGUAUAAAUCAGAGCUUUGAGCAAAGUGUUCCAGUUGCCUUGGAGAUUGAAUGUACUGAAAGCAGCCUGACUCAAAUUAUUUUGUAAUAUAAAAAUAAAAGCACUUUUUAAGAAAAGCA